AUGCAAAAACCAGGGGUUCUCAACUUAAAUGAAGCAGCUGAAUUACUUGGUGUUCCAAAAAGACGUCUUUAUGAUAUUACCAAUGUACUUGAGGGUGUUGAUCUUAUUGAAAAAAUUGGCAAAAAUAGUAUUAAAUGGAGGGAUCAAUCAGAGUUUACAAAUUCAGUAACAUAUCAAAAAUUAAACAAAGAAAAUAUUGAAUUAAUUAAUGAAGAAAUAGGUUUAGAUAAAUUUAUUCAAUCAGUCUCGUCUUCACUUAAAUUAGCAAAAGAGGACCCAACAGAUGCUUUUUAUAGUUAUUCUCUUUUAACUGAUUUUCGUUCCUUGGAUAAUUUUAAAAAUAAAAUGUUAAUUGCUGUUAAAGCUCCAAAAGAUUCAUCAUCUUCUAUUGAGAAAUUUGAAGUUAUUAUUAAAAAUGAAAAUGGUGGACCUUUAAAUUCUUUUGUUUGUCCGGAAGAUAUUAAUGAAAAUAUUGAAGAGAAUAAUUCAAUAAAUAAAUUAACUCCUUCAAAAUAUUCAAAUAAACAACAAAAACAGCAAGAAUGUAGACAAUUUACUCCCCCUUUUUCACCAAUUAAAAUGGCAAUGCUUCUUUCUUCACCUUGUAAAAUUGACAAUAAAUAUUUGCAAACUGAAGCAAUUUCUUCAAAUAAAAUUGAAUUUUUACAAGAAAAUACUUUACUUUCAUUAGACCCUCCAAUUGAAGAAAAUAAUAUUAACCCUUAUUAUAAUUUGUCACUUUUGGAUGAACAACAACAAAAUUCUGAUGUUAGUAUUUUAAAUGCAAUAUUUGGAAAUGAUUUUUAA